UUCAGUCUGCUAGUCUGAUUUAGAUGGUGUCUUAACCUAAUCUGAAUCUACUCAGUUAUUGUCAAGUAAACAAAGCUGUCACAGUUAUGAACGAGAUGAAAAAACCUGUAAUUUAUUGAAAUUACUUCUGCUACCGUUCCUGCUCUGUUAGACCAGGUAGCUGUGAGCGUGCCUCAGCAAGGAGUCCUGAGUCAUCUGGUUCAAGGUGUGGACAGGGUGGAGGCCAAAGAAAAAGAAGAGUACAGCUUUGGCUAUCAGUUUUCCAUUAAACUGGAGGAAAGUACUGUCUUCAGACAAUUGGAUCUUAGGUCUCUCAGCUGCUGAAGAAGGCCUGUAAGAAACCUAAGCCAUUUAUCUCUGCUAUCCAACUUAGGCAGAGUGGAACUGUCCAUUUUCCCAGACCUUGUGCCCUCCCAUUGGUGACCCGCUCUGGCAGCGCGUUGGUGGACGUCGAUGGCGUGGUGGGAUGCUGAAGGCUGCUGCGGGGGACUGUAAUGUCAGAGCCCAACAGCUCGGGUGAGAGCCGGUGUGGCACUCCCAGAUUCUUCUUGGGCUGCGAAGAUGAUGAGAGUGAGGUCUUGGAGGACAGCAUGAGGACAGACAUGGAUCUGUAUGAGGACGACGAAGACACAGACUCGCCCCCAGAGCAACAGAUUAUGGUGGGCAUCUGCUGCAUGAUGAAGAAGUCUAAGUCCAAGCCAAUGACCCAGAUCCUGGAGAGGCUGUGCAAAUUUGAGUACAUUACUGUGGUCAUCUUCCCAGAGGACGUCAUCCUCAACGAGCCCGUGGACAAAUGGCCUCUGUGUGACUGCCUCAUUUCAUUUCACUCGAAGGGCUUCCCAUUGGACAAAGCCGUGAGCUACGCCAAACUUAGAAACCCUCUGCUCAUCAAUGACCUGAACAUGCAGUACUACAUACAGGACAGGAGAGAGGUAUAUCGCAUCCUGCAGGAGGAAGGGAUUGAUUUGCCGCGCUAUACUGUGCUGAAUCGUGACCCAGAUAAACCUGAUGAGUGUAACCUGGUGGAAGGCGAGGACCAUGUGGAGGUGAAUGGAGAGAUAUUCCAGAAGCCUUUUGUUGAGAAGCCUGUCUGUGCCGAGGACCACAAUGUCUACAUCUACUAUCCCACUUCUGCUGGUGGAGGCAGUCAGCGUCUUUUCAGAAAGAUUGGGAGUCGAAGCAGUGUGUACUCGCCAGAGAGCAGUGUGAGGAAGACGGGCUCAUACAUAUAUGAGGAGUUCAUGCCAACAGAUGGCACAGAUGUUAAGGUGUACACUGUGGGACCGGACUAUGCUCAUGCUGAAGCCCGUAAGUCCCCAGCUCUGGAUGGGAAGGUGGAGAGAGACAGCGAGGGCAAGGAGGUUCGCUACCCUGUCAUGCUCUCUGCCAUGGAAAAACUGGUGGCCCGUAAGGUUUGCCUUGCAUUUAAGCAAACUGUUUGUGGCUUUGACCUUCUCAGAGCCAAUGGUCACUCCUAUGUUUGUGAUGUCAAUGGAUUCAGUUUUGUGAAGAACUCAAUGAAGUACUAUGACGACUGUGCCAAAAUCCUCGGGAACAUUGUGAUGCGUGAGCUGGCUCCUCAGUUUCAAAUUCCUUGGUCCAUCCCUACUGAGGCAGAGGACAUCCCCAUUGUUCCCACUACUUCAGGGACCAUGAUGGAGCUGCGCUGUGUCAUUGCUGUCAUCCGACAUGGAGACAGAACGCCUAAGCAGAAGAUGAAGAUGGAAGUCCGCAACCCCAUGUUCUUUGAGCUGUUUGAAAAAUAUGGAGGAUACAAAACAGGGAAAAUAAAGUUGAAGAAACCAAAACAACUUCAGGAGGUGCUGGACAUCACACGGCAGUUGUUAGCAGAACUAGGACAGCACAAUGACUGUGAGAUAGAAGAGAAAAAGUCCAAAUUAGAGCAGCUGAAGACUGUUCUGGAAAUGUAUGGCCAUUUCUCUGGGAUCAACAGAAAAGUGCAACUAACCUACCUGCCCUAUGGGCAGCCCAAAACCUCAAGUGAGGAAGAAGACUCACGGAAGGAAGGUCCGUCUCUGCUGCUGGUGCUGAAGUGGGGAGGAGAGCUGACUCCGGCUGGCAGAGUGCAGGCUGAAGAGCUGGGAAGGGCUUUCCGCUGCAUGUACCCUGGGGGACAAGGUGACUAUGCUGGUUUUCCAGGAUGUGGGUUACUGCGGUUACACAGCACCUACAGACAUGACCUGAAGAUAUAUGCAUCUGAUGAAGGCAGGGUGCAGAUGACAGCGGCAGCUUUUGCAAAGGGUUUGCUGGCUCUGGAGGGUGAGUUGACACCCAUCCUGGUGCAGAUGGUUAAGAGUGCCAACAUGAAUGGGCUGCUAGACAGUGACAGCGACUCACUGAGCAGCUGCCAGCACCGUGUCAAGGCCAGGCUCCACGAGAUUCUGCAAAAGGACAGGGACUUCAUCGAAGAGGACUAUGACAGGCUGGCCCCGACCUGUAGUGACUCUUUGAUGAAUUCAAUGAAGAUGGUCCAGAACCCAGUGGCCACUUGUGACAAGGUCUAUGCCCUCAUUCAGAGCCUCACGUACCAAAUCCGCAAAAGAAUGGAGGACCCCAAAUCAGCUGACCUACAGUUGUACCACAGUGAAACACUGGAGCUGAUGCUGCAGCGCUGGUCCAAACUUGAAAAAGACUUCCGCAUGAAGAAUGGCCGCUAUGACAUCAGUAAAAUACCUGACAUUUAUGACUGUGUGAAGUACGAUUUCAUACACAAUGCCUCUCUGGGCCUGGAAGACACACUGGAGCUGUUUAGGUUGUCUCGAGCUUUGGCUGACAUUGUUAUCCCUCAGGAAUAUGGCAUGAAUAAAGCGGAGAAAUUGGACAUAGCAUAUGCCUACUGCCUCCCACUGGUCAGAAAGAUUCGGCUUGACCUACAGAGGACCCAUGAGGAUGAGUUUGUCAACAAACUACAUCCUCUGUACUCUCGUGGAGUCCUGUCUCCUGGACGCCAUGUCAGGACACGUUUGUAUUUCACCAGUGAGAGUCACGUCCACUCCUUGCUCAGCUUUUUCCGCUAUGGAGGCUUGCUUGAUGAGGAGAAGGAUCAGCAGUGGAAGCGUGCCAUGGAUUACCUCAGUGCUGUCUCUGAACUUAACUACAUGACUCAGAUUGUCAUCAUGCUAUAUGAGGAUAACAAUAAGGACGUGACCUCUGAGGAACGCUUCCAUGUAGAGCUUCACUUCAGCCCAGGGGUCAAAGGUGUUGAGGAGGAAGACAACGCACCCACUGGCUUUGGCUUCAGGCCCGCUUCUGCAGAAGUAGCACGACAGGUACUAUCACGUCCUAGCAUUUCAUCAAUAUUCUACACAGUCUACAUCAUUUUUUCUCUUCAUUUGCUCACUCACAACGAGCAGAAAGAGUCGGACCCUGGCAGUCUUGAGGAUCUCUCACGAGAUGAGACGGACCGCGCUGGGCCACUGUCUGAGCCAAUCACUAUUCAGAAGAGGUCUCCACUUGUACGCAAUCGAAAAACUGGAUCCAUGGAGGUCCUGUCAGAAACGUCAUCGUCUAAAGUAGGCAGUUAUCGCCUCUUCUCUUUCUGCACACGUCAGUCCCCUGAGAUGAAACAAAGUGGAUUAGGCUCUCAGUGCGCCGGGCUCUUCAGCACCACUGUCCUAGGUGGGUCCUCUAGUGCCCCUAAUCUGCAAGACUACGCACGUGCACACCGCAAAAAAUUCUCCACUGGCAGUCUAUCCUACAAAGACGAGUUGUUGUCUAUGCCGGCAGUAAAACGAUUUUCUGUGUCGUUUGCAAAGCAUCCGACUAAUGAGCCCUUUGAAGAGCACCAUGUGGCCCAGUUGUUGAGGCCUUUCUCCACCGACCUCAGCCUGGGCCGCCGUCACUCUCUGGACAGGGCGCUGGCCCACCACCUCCACCAGUGCUCCUACCACCUUCGCCUCUUUCGAAACUGGCUCAUCUCCGGCCAGGACCCUCUAGAGUACCUCUACGGCUUUGAAGGCUGCUCCAUGGUGCCCUCCAUCUAUCCACUCGAAACACUGCACAACUCGCUGUCGCUAAAACAGGUCAACGAGUUCCUCACAAAAGUGUGCGAGAGUGCCGGGGACCCACACUCCAGGACGACCAGAGCUCUGACAGCCAUGUUUGCCACACACAACAAUCCAUCCGUAGAGUCUUACAUCCCUCAGAGAGUCCUUUCUUCUUCCAUCUCUCUUAAAUCUCGUUCUGACAGACCUCCUUGGUACAGCAGUGGUCCAUCCAGCACAGUGUCCAGCGCUGGGCCGUCUUCUCCCACCACAGCUGACACUUCACCACGCUUUAGUUUCAGUGAUAAAAUUUCCCUGACCCCUCAGAGCAGUGAAGAAACCCACUCCUCUCAAAAUGCUUCCACUCAGCCAACGCCUGCCGUUGGGUCACAGAUCCUUGACCCAGCUUGCCCUCCUGUCUCAAACCCUGUUGAGGCCCCUUUGACUCCAGACAACUCACCAGAAGAUGACGUGGAGACUGGUCAGCUGCCAGAUCAUCAUCAACACAUGCAGGAAGGGCCAGAGGUGACCUCUGCCUCUUUGGAUUCUCUAAUUCCAGAUUCUGGCCUGAGGCCGGCCUGCUCUGCAUUAACUGAGCUUGCUCUGGGCCGAAUGGAGGGUUACUGCCUGCCAGGCUCUCUUCCUGUACUGCUGGAGCUCAGAGAGAGCAGCAGCGAGGCCGGCUCCAGCUCCCAGACACCCCAGUCUCCUGAAGGACCUGAUGAGUUCUUUGACACCCAGGAGUCCAUGGAGCUAUGGACGGACAGUCCAGAAAGCCUUCCUCAUCCUGAGACGCCUCUGGAGCUUGGAGCCACUCACCCAGUGAAGCCAUAGGGUGAAAAAUUCCAGAACAUUAUACUACAUAUAUAUAUAUGUCAGAAACUAGUGUGGUUGCAUCGUACAGGCAUCAAUCUUGUUGUCAAUCAUGAGCCAACCAAGCCUUUCCUCUAUUCUAACUUACUAACUGUGUGUUGUAACUAGUGCUGGACGGUAUGACCAAAAAUGUUUAUUGCGGUACUUUUCAAAAUUUCAACGGUUUUGGUUUCAUGGUAUACAAAAGAAUCAGAAUAAGUGUGUGUGUGUGUGCGUGUGCGCGUGUACUCGCUCAUAUGCGAGUGGCUGAGACGCAUCCAAGUGUGUGUCUGUUAAUGUAACUGUAUACAUUCUUGUUACUGUCAGACUUGAUUUCUGCUAAAGUGGUGGAGUAAAUUGAUCAUUCCUGCGAUCACUACCCCAGUUGCAUGUGUGGUGCAGCUGUGAAAGAGCCGACGAACAGUGUUUUGCUACGCUGCGUUCCAUUUUUCAUAUAUCUUGCGGUAUACAAAGUUCAUAUCAUUUUCGGUAUGAACCGGUAUACCACCCAGCACUAGUUGUAACUAUGGGCAGCUAGCUGGUCCUCACAUUCGUCCAUGUUUUGGACAAGCGUGAUGAUGCCAUAAUAUGUGCCGUUUUGUUCCCUUUUAAAAAGCUCAUCGGUGCACAGCAGUAACAUCACUGAGCCUCCUCUGGACAGGCCACUGGCUCAGUCCAUUUGUUUCUGAAGAUGUAGCAAGCAAGUUCUUUUAAGGUCAAUUUUUAUUGUUUAAUGGGGGAAUAUGUAUUAAGUCAUAAAAUGACCAUCAUACAUCAUUAGAGAUUAGGAAAACGUGUGUGGGGGUUCUGGUUUGUUGCACCGUGUAUCCUGGGUUUGUCAUUCAAACACAACAAGCUGCAGCUAUGGGUUACAAAUGCUUUGUUUUACCAAACCUAAAAAGUCUCACUACCCCAUCUUAAAGAAAAAUGAGGGUCUGAAGUGGAGAUCUGUUAAAAUAUAGAUGGCUGAAAGUUUGUCACAGAUAGAUAUGCUGGUGUGGAUCAUUUUCUCUUGGACAGGGAAGCAAAACAGAGCUCCGGCUAAGGUUAGCUAAUGCUUUAUAUUAAACAUAUAUUAUAUUCCUACAGUUAAUUUUUGUCACCUUGCCGUCUCCUCUCACCAUGUGAUAGUUCUCCUGCUCUGAGGGAGACGUACUUUCACUUUCAGUCUCUGCCUCUCCCUGACAAAUGAAAAUGAACCAAGUAGCUUCAAUGUUUAUAAAAAAAUCAAACAUGGAGCAGUGCUACACUGAGUUACACUGUGUUAAGUGCAAGUGCAGCUCCAGCUCCAUGUUUCUUUGUGUAGGAAACUUUAGUGACCACACACUAGUUGAUACAAGCAACCGUUACUGUAAACAGUUGGACAACAACUUUCCCUAAAGCUGCAGUUGUUGAUAUUUGGCCACUGGGGAAGAAAAACAAACACACACCCGAGAUUUUUUUAUCACCCCUGGACAAUUCUCUUGGCAAAUUCAUUUUUGUUCCGUUAUUAAGUUUCACAAUAGGUGCUCCAACAAGUCUUUAGAAAAAAAAACUACUCAUCUGCUAGAUGUUCCACUUUAUUCAACAACUUUUUGUUACUGUAGUCUUAUACGUCUUUGAGUGUUUUCACAUUUAAUUGAGUUGAUUUAGUUAAUUCAUAGUGAUACUAAAACUUAAUGGAUUAAUAUACUGUUAUACUUUCUUAGCUUUAGCAUGUACUCUGGGACAGCUGCAGUAGUUUGGAAUUUUAGGGCAGCCACAUUUUGUUGCUGAGCUUUGCUGUUUGUGCCAUGUUUGUUGCAGGAAUGAUUAGACUUGCUGCUUUUCUGAGAAGCACAGACAGUGACUUGCAAUUUGAAACUGACAGGAAACACAGCCGGUGGCCGGUCUGUUCUUCAUCAUACGUAUGUCUGUCAGUCCUGUGCUGAGUAUCACUGGUGGUUACAUCUUUUGCGCCUUUAAUCAGGAUUUAUUUGUUCAUGAAUCAUUACUGCCAGUUAAAUGUGUACGUUUAAAAUGGAAGUAAUCUCCAGGUCAACCACGUGUGCACUGCUUACUGCCAAAGUCUUUAAGCCUCUUCAAAGAUUUAAUAUAAUCAGUGGGAAAAGAUGUAGAGAAAAUAUUUAUUUUGAAAUUACAGCUUGGAGAGAAAAACUUGGUAUUUUUAUUAGCCACAUAUAUAGCCAGAGCUAUUGUAUAUUUUUGUAAAAUCACCUCACAUUUUGGGAAAAUGUAAAAGCUAAUCUCAUUUUACCUCUGAACAAACAGGUUUUACAUUCAAGCAGCUUUAUUAUGGCAAGCAAUUAUAUGUAGCAGGUAUGUGAUCGCGUGUGUGUGGGGGGGAAGGGGGGGUGAUGCACACAUGCUUGAGAAGCAAAUACGAGAACGAAUAUACUGAUUUGCGAAUCUGUGUUUAUUUAAUGUUACAGUGCAAUGAACUGUAGUGGUGUAAAAUACAACUAAGAGUUGGUAAAAACAGUAAAAACAUGACACCAUAGUCGGCGUGUGCAUGUUCUUGAGCUCACUGUUUUUGCUGUUUGUGUAGCAGGUGCUGAUUCCUUCACACAGAUCAAGCGCACAUAUUUUGUCACCUCCAGUAACGCAGAUCAUCUUUGUUUGAUUUCUUUUAAGAAGCCUGUCAUUGUCUUAAAAAAAAACAUUAUUCUUGGAAAUGAUCUGUUCUGUUUAACAGGACUUAAUUUAAAAUUUGUAGAAAUGGCUUGAGAUCUGUGUGGAGCUAUGGAGAGACUGUGACUCUGUUUACAUGGACAGCAGUAUUCUGGACAUUAAGGAGAUCUGAUUAAGUUACUGCCUCGUAAACGGCUUUUUCUGAUUACAUUAUGUAAACGGGAAUAUGACUGCAAUAUGCAUAUAGCAAUUUAUGUAAACAUAAUCUGAAUGUUUUAUUCAGAAUAAGGUCAACUGUUGGUUUAAUAGUGUUCAUGUAGUCUAACAUUAACUCAAUGAAAGAAUAAAAUAAAAACUAUGAUCUUUUCUACA